CUAGUUCCUUAGCUCUAAUCCAUGUUCAUGAUGUAAAUUUUAAAUAUUUUUGUAUAUUAUGAUUUCAAAAAAAGAUAAUUUGUUGAUUAGGCCUUGGCAGCAGAAAAAAUUUGCAUAUCACCGUCAUAAGGUUCAAUCUGCUUUACCGGCUGUCGACACCGGACCCCCUCCAUUUCGUGAACAUGUGUGCGUCAAGUUAAAAAAGCAACAAAAAGAAAAAGAACGAUGUCGACGAAUAGAACAAGACAACUAUUUUUUAAUGCAAAGACUAAACUACGUUAUGAGAACAAGUAGAGUAGAUAACAUGUGGAAAACUCCGCAGCCAAACUUUUUGAACCGAGUCGCUAUUUAUGACAAUAUUGUACCAGAAAUUGAAGACUUGAUAGCUUUAGAUUUUGUAGUAGAUGAUGAUGAUGAAGACUGUCAUUUGGGAACAAGGAAAUCUAAGUGUUAUGCUUGUGCCCCAGAAAAAAAUAAAAUUGAAGGACCAAAAAUUCCCGAAGAUCGCGUACCGUGGGAACACAAUAAAAAACCGUCACAAAAGAAUCGCAGCAAAUCCGUACCAGUAAGAAAACCUGAACCAAUGCUACCAUCGAUUCCAGAAAAGCAGCUAUCGUCGAGCAAACCAUCCUCCAGCAAAUCGACGACCAGAAUACAUAAAGUAUCAUCAUCUCCGAAAAAAUCCAAAAAUACUCGAGAUAGGAAGUUCAGUGCCAAGGAACCUCACAGUAUUAUAUUUAAUAGGGGCUGUUUGAAACUCUCCGUCAAUUUUCCGUCAGACACGACUGUCAAAUUUCAAGAAGGAAACAUUGAGAAAUUUUUAAUUCGUAGCGUGUGUUACUGUAAAAAUUCACCUUUGGCACAAGUUUGUUAAAAAAUUUUAA